AUGACACAAGACGACUCGGGGACGAGCACGCGGACGAUGGACGACGCACACCGAACGGCAGUCGACGCAGACUUGGAAAAGGGCCAGCCGGAACAGGACGAACCGACAGCACGUCCUGGCAAGCAAGACGGCCCUUCGCUGGAGACGACGCCAGUCCCAUCCCCCGCACACGACGGUGAUACCGGCCGGACAACAAGCACUCGGUCGCAGGCCCUGUCGGCCGACCAGCACGAUCCAGCGUUCCUGGCCAAGUGGGACGGCGCGUCCGACCCGGACGACCCGCACAACCUGUCGUCGGCGGCCAAGGCGCGGUGCACGCUGAUUCUGGGCCUGCUGGCGUUCACGGGCUCGCUGGGCACGUCGAUCCUGACGCCGGCGGAGCCGCUGGUGGCGGCGGAGCUGGGCAUGGGGCCCGAGGCGACGGUGCUGCUGCUGGCGCUGUUUGUGCUGGGCUUUGCGCUGGGCCCGCUGGUGUGGGCGCCGGUGAGCGAGGCGUACGGGCGGCGGUGGUCGAUGCUGCCGGCGGUGCUGGUGCUGGGCGUGUUCAGCGUGGGGUCGGCGUCGGCGCGGACGGCGGCGGCGCUGCUGGCGACGCGGUUCCUGGGCGGGCUGUUUGCGUCGGCGCCCAUCAGCAACGUGUCGGCGGCGCUGGGCGACAUCUACGCGCCGACGACGCGCGGCGUGGCCAUGGCCUUUUAUUCGGUGUGCGUCGUCGGCGGGCCGUGCGUGGCGCCCGUCGUGGGCGCGUCGAUUGCGUACAACGAGCGUCUCGGCUGGCGGUGGGUGCUGUACGUCGAGGCGCUGGUGGCGGCCGUCAGCGGCGGCGUCGCGCUGCUGGGCCUGCCCGAGACGUACGGCCCAGUGCUGCUCGCGCGCAGGGCGGCGCGGCGGCGGCGCGCCACGGGCGACGCGCGCUGGUGGCACCCGCACGAGCAAGAGCGUGCGCGCAUGACGCUGCGGACGCUGGUCGGCCGGCACCUGGGCCGGCCGCUGCGCAUGUUUGUCACGGAGCCCAUCGUCGCGUGCAUCGCGCUGUACGCGUCGUUUGUGUACGCGCUCGUCUUCUUGGCGCUCGAGGUCUACCCGCUCGUGUUCCGCGACGCGCGCGGCUUCGGUCCCGUCGCGGCCAACCUGCCGUUUCUGGCCCUGUUUGUCGGCGCCGUCGUCGCCGUCGGCAUCAACAUUGCCAACCAGCCGCUCUACACCCGCGCCAUGGCCCGCCAGGGCGACGGCCGCGCCGUGCCCGAGGCCCGCCUGCCGCCCAUCGUCCUCGGCGGCCUCCUCUUUAGCGCCGGCUUCUUCUGGUUCGGAUGGACCGCGGAGGGCCCCGGCCGCGACCCGGACCACUGGUACCACUGGGCCGUGCCCACGGUCGCCGGCGGCUUCAUCGGCUGCGGCUUCAACGUCGUCUUCCAGCAGUGCCUCAACUACCUCGUCGACUCCUACGGCCCCUACGCCGCCAGCGCCACGUCCGCCAACACCGUGCUGCGCUCGCUGCUGGCCUGCGGGCUGCCGCUGGCCGCGCGGCCCAUGUUCACCCGGCUCGGCGUGGGCCCCGCUGCGAGUCUGCUGGGCGCCGUCUCGGCCCUGGCCCUGCCGGCGCCCAUUGUCUUUCGCGUGUACGGGCCGCGGCUGCGCGCGAGGUCCAAGUUUGCACAAUAUGCGUAG